AUCCAAUGCGCAACAGCCGCUUCGGUCCCAACUCUAUUCCAUAGCCAUGCUCUAUUCACUCCUAAUAAAGGAGAUAAAAGCGUCUGUAGACAGACGACAGAGAAACACAAAGUGUUACCGUGUUACUUUACUUUUCGCUUUGUUCUGUUUUGUUGUGGUCAUCAAAAAUGGAUUCGGUUUACAUGAUGAUAUUGAACAUUCCUCCAAAUUUUCAUUCUUCGGACUUAAGGCACUUCUUCUCAGAUUUCUUAGAACGUCAAACACACUUUUCGUGUUUUCAUUUUCGUCAUCGACCUCAACAUGAGUUGGUAAAAUUUUCGGAAAUAACCAAUAAAAAAUUUCCUGGCUUGAACAAUGCCUUUCUAAUUGAAAAUUCUCGGUGCUGCUUAGUGAAAUUAUUUAACCAAGCAAAAAGGAAAGAAACAAUUCAAAAAUAUCACUUUCAGAAUUGGAUUAAUAAAGAUGAUACAUUUCUUUCAAGUAGAUGUAUUUCUAUUCGUGUAACAGUGGUGGAAAACAGUUUAGACAAUCUCCCCAUUUCCUCUCUCUGUUUGAAUGAUAAUGAAGCAGAAAUCAAGUUAACAUUAAACAAGAUAGAAGAGAUGAUUGAAUUAAAACCUCCCCCUCUGAUGCCUCAAGGAAAUAUAGGAACACCUACAAAACAUUUUUUGGCUCUAAUUCAGUCUUGUCGCUUACCCACAAAACUCAUUGGUAAACUUGGACUAAAUUUCCCAAAGACGAAAACUCGAAGAUAUGGUAGUGUUCCCUUCAACUACAGAAGUCAUACAUCAGAAGAAAUUAUAUCUUCCAAAAACAAAGAAGACAAUACUUCUUAUGGGUCAACCACUCAUUCUAAAGCAUUUUUAAUUGAUAAAAACAAUAAAGAAAGAGUUGAUGAUGAGGAACAAGAAGAGUGGGACAGACAUGAAGAUUUACAUGAUGAUGUAACAGAACAGGAGAGAAAUAAAGAGAGACUAUAUGAAGAAGAAAUGGAAGUAGUCUGGGAGAAAGGGGGACCAGGAAUCGUUUGGUACACUGACGCUCAGAGAUGGAAAGAAACGGAAGGAGAUUUCGAUGAACAAACCACCGACGACUGGGAUGUAGACUACUCAGUGUAUUCUGAAGAAAAUGGCGGUGAUAAAGAUGCAAGAGAUUGCUUAGAUAUGCGUCGGAGUACCAUGUGGCGCCAAGGAAAUAUGGAAAGUGUUUUUAAAAAACCUCAAGGACCUUUAAUGCAACCAAAACCACACAUUCGACAUUCAGCAAAAACGGAAGUCGUAGGCCCCUUUGAGAAGCAUACUAAAGGAAUCGGCCGUCGUUUAAUGGAAAAACACGGAUGGCGGGAUGGUUGUGGUCUCGGAAUCGCUCAAAAAGGAAUCGCUAAGCCAAUUGAAAGCGAAGGACAAAAACCGAAAGAAAGAAAAGGAUUAGGUUAUUUCGGGGAGCGCCUUCCUCGAUUCAGAACUGCGAAUUCAAACACGAGUAAAGGGUCUUCCAUCGCAACUAUUUAUGACACACCUUCCGAAAUUGAUUCCCCAGAAUCACUUUAUCAAAGGAAUGAACCGACUACUAUGAAAUACCGAGAAAUGUACAGAUAAUAUUUAAUAUUGUAUGUGAUUGUAAUUUGUAUGUGAUGUAUUUUUAAAUAAAUGAUUUCGGACUAAGAA